UGGCCAUUUGCCCUCUUAACAGUGAGUUCUUCUAUCGACUGUUUUGUUUACAAAGGUGCGCGUGUGUGACUGCCGUCUGCGAGCGAGCAAAAGAGUGAAAAAAAAAUGGAGUUUGAGAAGAGGAAAGCCGCAACAAUGGCGGCAAUAUCAUCAACAGAAUUAGACAAAUCUCCCAAAGGAACAAUCGACGCACCAAUCAUACCUCUCCUCAACACCAUUAACAACCACCCUUCAUACUACACCACCUCCUCUUGCUCCGGUCGCAUCUCCAUUUUCUCACACCUCCCAGACAAGCCCAAAGGGGGCACCUGGGCCUUCAUCUCCCACGACCCAGUGGACCCCACUUCGAUCCUCAACCUCAUCUUCCCUCCCUCUUCAACCCCCGCCACCGAGUCUGCUGACUCGCCCGAGUCGACUCAGUCCGAGUUGGUGUUCCGGUUCGAGCCCCUGAUCAUUGCGGUGGAGUGUAAGGACGUGGGUGCGGCUCAGUUCUUGGUGGCAUUGGCUAUAUCUCGUGGGUUCAGGGAAUCUGGGAUUACUAGUGUGAGUAGUAAGAGGGUGAUUGUUGCAAUUCGAUGUUCAAUUAGGUUGGAAGUUCCUUUAGGGUGUAAAGGGAGGAUUAUGGUGUCUCCUGAGUAUUUGAGGUAUCUUGUGGAGAUUGCUAAUGAUAAGAUGGGAGCUAAUUGGAAGAGGACUCAAGGGUUUUUGGAGGGUUUAAGGAAGAAUGGGUUUGUGGGGCCUAGUGAUGUGGAAGCCGAAGCCGAAGCCGGGGACGGGUUUGUGGGGUUGAGUGGUGGUGCUGAUGAUGGUGAUGGUGCAAUUUGGGAAGAGGAGAAAUGGGUUGGUGUCAAUCAAGAAGGGACUAAUUUUCAGAGAGAUUCUGGGCCACUGGGAAGUUCUGGUUCCAGUCUAGCCAUUGUACCCAUUAAAAUUGUCGGAGAAAGCAUAGAGAGGCUGUUACUAUGGGGUCAUUCUUCUUGUACAAUCUGUAAUGCUGAUUGCAAAGAGAUUCUGAUAUAUGGUGGUUUUGGAGGCAUAGGUAGGCAUGCACGUAGAAGUGACUUUUUAUUGCUGGAUUUAUCGUCAGGCAGAUUGUCUGUGCUAGAUGUUAAGGGCUCUCCCUCUCCGCGUAUGGGUCAUACAUCUUCAUUAGUUGGAGGUUCAAUGAUUGUUAUUGGAGGCAGAGCUGAUCCUACCAAUAUUCUGGAUGAGUUAUGGAUCUUCGAUAUCAUGAAAGCUGAAUGGAAAUUGGUAGGCAACACUGGUGAUGUGUUUGCUCCAAGGCAUCGUCAUGCAGCUGCUGUUGUAGGUUCAAAUAUUUACAUAUUCGGUGGACUUAAUAACAACACAUUGUAUUCUUCCUUAGCUGUGUUGGAUGUGGAUACAUUGAAAUGGAAGGAGGUACAAGCAAGUGGAGAAUUGCCCUGUGCUCGGCAUUCACAUUCAUUGGUUGCUUAUGGCAAUAAAUUGUUUCUGUUUGGUGGAUACAAUGGUGAGAGAGCAUUGGGGGACCUUUAUAGUUUUGAUAUCCAUGAUAGUCAAUGGGCAAAAGUAAAAACAGUUGGAAAAGGUCCUUAUCCAAGGUUUUCACACUCAAUGUUUGUGUAUAAAGAUUAUUUGGGAAUUGUUGGUGGUUGUCCUGUCAGACAGCAUUGCGAAGAGUUGUCCUUGCUUGACCUAAAGUCUUUCUCAUGGAAGCAGGUGAUCUUGAAUUCAAUAGGCAAGCAAUUGUUUGUUCGAAAUACUGCCAACGUUGUCAGUGAUGAUCUGAUUAUGAUAGGUGGUGGAGCAUCCUGUUAUGCAUUCGGUACGAAAUUCAGUGAGCCAUCAAUGAUCAACUUGCUAUCAUUGUUAAAUUUCAAUGAUGCUACUGUGUCUUCUUUGUCUAAAGAGAAACAGAGCACACCCCGGUAUGAAGAUUCCGUUGAGAGAACAAAGAAUAAUUUUGGUUCACUUCCUGAUGUAUGUGUACAACCAUCUGAUUUGGGUACUAACUCGAAUGUGGACAAAGCACCUUGUAGUGAUGUUGGACACGUGACUAAGACUUCGUAUUGGGUACUGAAACUGCAAAAAAGGUAUGCUAAAUUGGGAAAGGACGUACUUAAGAAAUUUGGUUGGCUAGACCUUGGUCGAAAGGUGUAUUCCCAUGAAGAUGGAUCUUAUAUAUAUUUCCCUGUUACUGUAAAGUUCAGUGUUAUAUUCUCUGAUGAGCUAUCCCAAAAAAGAGGGAUAGCUGAAGGAUUGAGUGACCUUAAUAUGUCAAAGAAUAUUCUUGAUUCCUCUGCUUCUGCCUUGGAUUUUCUAGUGGCUUGUGGUGCCACUAAGCACGUUGAUGAGGUAGUUGCAAUGAAGAAAGCCUCUAUAUCUCCCUUGGAAGCAAUGAAGGAAGCUGUGGCUUUGCUACUGAAGCAAAAAUCCCUAUCUGAAGGGCUGUUGGAGCAGCUACCAACCAGGUGGGAGCGGCUUGGUGACGUUGUUGUCCUUCCUAUCACUUCCUUCAGAGAUCCUGCAUGGGACACAAUAGGUAGCGAGCUUUGGUCUGCUGUUGCUCAAACUCUUGGUGCUCGUCGUCUUGCUCGCCAGGGUCGUGUUGCUUCAACUGGAACACGGGACAGUCGUCUAGAGAUCCUCAUUGGAGAUAAUGGUUGGGUUGAACAUCGCGAAAAUGGUAUAGCAUAUUGUUUUGAUACCACAAAAUGCAUGUUCUCCUGGGGAAAUCUUUCAGAGAAACUUCGCAUGGCCCGUGUGGAUUGUAGAGGCGAAGUUAUUGUGGAUCUUUUUGCGGGAAUUGGAUAUUUUACCUUGCCUUUUCUUGUAAGAGGUAAUGCUACAUUGGUUUAUGCCUGUGAGUGGAAUCCCCAUGCUGUUGAGGCUCUUCAUCAUAAUCUUCAAGUCAAUUUGGUUUCUGAUCGUUGCAUUGUACUCGAAGGAGAUAAUCGUCUUACAGCUCCUAAAGGAGUUGCUAAUCGUGUCUGUCUUGGUCUCCUACCAUCUAGCGAGGGCAGUUGGGUUACUGCUGUAAGGGCAUUAAGGUGUGAGGGUGGCACACUUCACAUACAUGGGAAUGUGAAGGACUCAGAGGAGAGUCAGUGGACUCUACAUAUCAUGGACUCUAUCUCUGAAAUUGCGAAAUCUGAAGGUCGCUGUUGGAAUGUGUCGGUGGUGCAUUUGGAGAGAGUGAAGUGGUAUGCCCCUCAUAUCCGUCAUCUUGUCGCUGAUGUAAGAUGUGAACAAAUUCUAAAAUGAAGAAAUUCAGAUGUUGGUACCAUUUUGGAAUUGUUAAACAUAAAUCUGAGUCUGCUGUACUACCAACUCGCUAAUCGCAGUCACAGGCUCUUAUGGAAUCAGAACUGGGUUACAUUUUACAAUGAAGUAUGUAAGGAUACAUGCUAUUAUGCAUUUUAAACGACAUUUGCUAUGUUAGUCGCUUUUUUGUAGCUUAACUCAUAGUUGAGCUCAAGCUCAGGUAAAAUUUUGUUGGAUUUGAUUGGUUAUAGACAAUUAAUGUGCUUGUAUUCCAGUAAUCUUCAUUAAUUUGUAGAACUUCUUAACAUGGUAGAACAUAAAAGUUCAAGGGAGAGAUUUGGCCUUGGGUUUUGGAAAGAAAACCUGCAUAGCAAAUGUUUGAAAUUUGAGUUCAUUUUCUGAUUGGUGAAUAACUGAAUAAUCUGAAUACUGCUGCUUGGACAUAUAGCUGGCCCACCCAAAAAAAAAAACUUAUAAAACAAAAGAAGUUGAAACAGAUAAUGAAAUGGUCCAAGCAUGAAGGUGGAAAACAAGUCGUUUGGAUGUGAUUUCGAUUCAAGUCAUUAGAGAAGAAUUACUCUGUAUUCAGUUUGGUUUCGGUUGAGGCAUGGGCAAUAUAUUGAGUUAAUUAUUCUGUACUUUUUCAU